AAGAAUAGCAAAUGCGUCGUCGUUUAUCCUUUCGUCAUCAGCCUUGCGCUCUCACCGUAUCUGAUUCUCAUCGCAACAAUGAGCAGCAAGAGCAGCAGGCUGUUUGGCUCAGCGGCACACCACCACUCCGCCGCCACGCCCUGCACCCGCACUCACCAGAUCGGCGCCCUAGCCUUAGUCAUUCUCACUUUCUUCCUCACUCGUCUCUUCGAUCAGUCCCUCAACCCCUGCUCCUCCUUUUCCACUUACUACCCAACUGACGACCAUGGAUCCGCGAACGGCGUCGUACGCUUCUCCGAUACGGGGUCCAUGACCUGGCCCCAACGCGGCUACGGGACCCACCUUUCCCUCAAAAUCUACGUCUACGAUGAGCGCGAGAUUGAUGGUCUCAAUUUGCUAUUGUAUGGCCGGGAAGGGAAGAUUUCGUCUGAUUCCUGUCUAAAAGGCCAAUGGGGCACUCAGGUUAAGAUACACAGGAUGCUCUUGCAAUCAAGAUUUCGGACUAGGGGGAAAGAGGAAGCAGACUUGUUCUUUGUGCCAAGUUAUGUUAAAUGUGUCCGGAUGAUGGGUGGCUUGAACGAUAAAGAAAUAAAUCAAACCUACGUGAAGGUAUUAAGUCAAAUGCCAUAUUUCAGGUUAUCUGGAGGCCGUAACCACAUAUUUGUUUUCCCAAGUGGGGCUGGAGCUCAUCUGUUCAAGUCCUGGGCAACAUACUUGAAUCGUUCUAUCAUUCUUACUCCUGAGGGUGAUCGAACAGAUAAACGAGACACUAGUGCUUUCAAUACGUGGAAAGAUAUUAUCAUCCCUGGAAAUGUUGAUGAUGGGAUGACUGCUCAUGGCUCUAGGGUUGUUGAGCCUUUGCCUUUGUCAAAAAGGAAGUACUUGGCUAACUUUCUAGGUCGAGCGCAAGGAAAGGCUGGUCGUCUUGAAUUGAUUAAACUUGCAAAACAAUUCCCAGAAAAGUUGGAAUCUCCAGAGUUGAAAUUCAGUGGUCCUGAUAAACUUGGACGAGUGCAAUAUUUUCAACAUCUCCGCAAUGCCAAGUUCUGCCUUGCUCCACGCGGUGAAUCAUCAUGGACUCUUCGGUUUUAUGAGUCCUUUUUUGUGGAGUGUGUUCCAGUCAUCUUAUCAGAUCAAAUAGAAAUGCCAUUUCAGAAUGUCAUCGACUACACCCAGAUAUCAAUCAAAUGGCCAUCCUCUCGGAUAGGCACUGAACUUUUGGAGUACCUAGAGUCAAUACCUGAUAGGGAAAUUGAGGAGAUGAUAGCCAGGGGUAGAAAAGUGAGGUGUUUAUGGGCUUAUUCUCCUGCACCCGAUACUUGUUCUGCAUUUAAUGGAAUCAUUUGGGAACUCCAGAGGAAAGUGAGGCAAUUCCAUCAAUCCACAGAAACAUUCUGGCUUCAUAAUAGAACAAUAGUGAACAGAGAUUUGGUGGGAUUCAACAAAUGGAAACCACCAAUGCCUCUACCUUGAGAUUAUGUUAUUGAAACAGUUCUUGUGACCUACUCUUUACUGCAAUAUUUGUGCUUCUAUUUUUUCUGUAAUAGUAAAUACUGUAAAUUUUUUUCCUUGUAUAAUUUCCAUUUGUAAUAGAAACAGUCAUCACUUAAUUUUAUUUGUA